AUGGCUAAAGAAAUCAGACUUUGCGCAUAUGAAGAGACGCCAGACGUGGUUCCGGAGUCUUCAUCGCCUUUCAAGUUCACCAGCCUUUCGCGAGAGAUUCGUGACCAGAUUUACGUAUGGGCACUUGUCGCCCCAUCUCCAAUCAUCGUUUGGAAAGGUCAAUGGGGCACAGAUACCGACAAGACCAGGCGCUUACAUUCUUACACAACGUUCACAGAUGUUGUCCAAAUUCGUAAAGAAACUCACAGACGAUGGAUUGAUCCUUCUGCCACAAAACACAGCCUUGCAGAAUGUUCGACUAAUUUAUUCUUCUGUAAUAAGCAGAUUGGAGAAGAAGCCGCCAAAGUGUUCUACCGAAAGAAUGUGUUUGCCUUCCUCGGAGAUCACAAUUGGGACCCUAUUGUCUCUUGGCUUACAAUGAUCAAUAAUCGAAACCGAAAUCAUCUUGCGACGCUAGAAUUUAAAGCGUAUCGCCCCGAAGAAGUCUGGCAGCGUCCGAACGGCGAGCGGGAUACCCGCGAAGAAGAUUCUAGAGAACCCGAUUACCCUCGUAAUCCGCAUCUUCAUUUCAGUACUCCUAUCAAGUACGGAUUAGUUGAAAUCAUCAAUCCUGCAAUUGAAGAAAUCUUCCAAUUACUUGGGCAGCAAAAAACAUCUACACAUAAAGUCACGAUUAACUUUAAGUUGAGAUAUAAUUAUCCAGGAUGUGGAUGGGUUGUUGAAGAAGGUGAUCACUAUCCGCAAGAUGGCUGGUGCAGUAUGGACUUACCAAAUCUGGUGGAAAAGUUCAGAACGCUCUAUUCGCCCAAGUCACUUGUAGACGUGAUUUGGACCGGGAAAUGUCCAAAAGAGAUUGUGGGAAGGGGAGACAGGGAUUACACUCGGACGUCUAUUGAAGUCCAUCUUGAAAAUAUGAAGAACAAAGGCUGGGAAGUCGAAAUAUCGCCAAUGGAAGGGGACAACUGGGAAUGGGCUCUUUACGAUAAGUACGAUGCCGAGGACAAGCAUAUUCCGAGUAUGGUGCUGAGAAGAAUGCCCCUCAAAGAGCCCUUGAUAGGCGAUGAUCCGAACCCAUGGGCAGGCGCGUUGAGAAGGCUCAGUUCCGAGGAAUACGAGCUUGAAAAGACCAAUCAUUAUUAUGAUUGA